AUGCAUGCAACCGUCGCGGCUGACGACUCGAACAAGUCACUGACGAUGCAUUUCGCCGACAGCCCGAAUCACCGCUCUACAACAGCCUCUAUGGGAUUGGCAAUGGCUCCUCAUCGCCAGGCCCCGGGCCAGUUCAAAGAAGAGCCUAACGACUCGCCAGCCCGGCCCGGAUGCCCUGGGCUAAAAAAGCACGUUGUCGACAACGAACCCCUGGGCUUGCAACGGCGGCGGGGCUGGGAAACGCCCCUGGCGCCUCUUUCGAGCCCGCCACCAACAACAGCACUACCAGCAGCGGCGAUCCGACGCAGCUUUGUUGUCAAGCCCCUCAUUCUCCUCAGUCCCUACGCAGCCUCAGUGUCACGCUCGCGCAUCCAUAUUGCACAACGCCCACUGUCAUAUGACAACAAGCCUACCAUGCCCAUUUGGGGCCUAAAGCGGCAUCUACUGGCCUGGACUUGGUGGCUCUGGCAGUUUUCGCAUACUGUCUGGAAAGGUCUACCAAGCCCAAGUCAGCUUUCAAAGGCAACACUUGCGAGCAAGGAGGCCCAUGCCAAGCCUAGCGGCAGAUGGUACAGCACGGCGAUUCAGAUGGAUUGGCCGCAGGUCAGUCUCGUCUUGAUGGGCGGCGAGGAGCGCGGGCAAAGAGAAGGAACGGCUCCUCCAACUCCUCCACCGGCGUCAACGGAGCAAAUGACCUCGCUGCGCUGCGAGAUAGCGCUCUACAGAGCCGUUCCUCUCAUUAGCCGUUGGGCUUAG